AUGACCAUUUUCGACCCAUCCUGUCCCGCGGCCGUGAUUCCCGCCCCAGGAUCCCCGCCGUCGAGCUGUUCCCGGUGGAAGUACCUAGUUUUCGGGGACUGCGUGUGCUCCGCGCGCGACGCCGCGUCGCUCUACUUAGGUCUUUUUAGUAUCGCGUGCUGGGCGGUGGCGGAGGUCCCGCAGGUGAUCGCCAACUGUCAGGCGUCGCGCAGCGGCGUGGAGCUUGAGGAGGUGCCUCUUGCGCUGCCCCUCGUUUCCUUCGUAAACUGCCCGUUCGCCCGAUUCCCAUUCAGUUGCUUUGUCGCUUCUCUCGUUACUUCUCCUCCUCAUCCCGUCUUCUCCCCUCCCCCUUGUCUUCUUUCCCUAUGUCACUCCCUCUUUCCUUCCCCUGUGCUCCCUCUUUCCUACCGCUCACCUAUCAUUCCAUCUCCCUGUGCUUCCCUUCCCCCACCUCUCCCCACUCCCUUCUCCCAUUCCCUCUUCUCCUCUGUCUGCCGGCACCAAAUGCAUGCAUCUCAUCCCUGCAGCUUCCGACCCAGCUCUUCACAGCAAUCCGUGCAGCAGAAAGGGAAAACCGUCUUUCCUCCUCUCCUGUCGUGUUUUGAGUCGACUCAAAACACGUGCUCUCUGCAGCGUGCAGCAGAAAGGGAAAACCGUCUUUCCUCCUCUCCUGCCCCUCAUCCCGCGGCUCCUCGUCCUUCCCACUUCUCUCAAUCCCCCCCAUACUGUCACAUCACAGCUCUACACAAGCACCACGUGCGUGCUAGUACUGCAGCACGUGCUCUCAGCGUGCAGCAGGAUGAGGCAGCAGCGGCGGCGGGAGAGGAGAGGCAGGAGACUUGCGACCCCCAGCAGAAACGCUCCCUUGCUAGAAGUGAGAUCUGUGAUUCUAACGAGAUCUGUGAUUCUAACAAGAUCUGUGAUUCUAACGAGAUCUGUGAUUCUAACGAGAUCUGUGAUUCUAACGAGAUCUGUGAUUCUAACGAGAUCUGUGAUUCUAACGAGAUCUGUGAUUCUAACGAGAUCUGUGAUUCUAACAAGAUCUGUGAUUCUAACGAGAUCUGUGAUUCUAACGAGUGCCCUUCUUUUUCCCAUCUAUGCCCCCCUUCCCCACUUUCCCCCUUCCCCCUUUCCCCCCUUCCCCCUUCCCCCGUUCCCCUGCAGCUGGCGCCCGUCUCACUCUCUCUUUCUCCGCUUCCUGUAUUGGAACAUCCUCCCUCUCUUCUCGACUCCUUAUCCACCUUCCUUCCCCCCAACCCAACCCCCGCAGGUCAUCAGGGUCUUUCUCAGGCAGCUGGCGUCGUCUCACUCUCUCCAGCUCCUUUGGAGCCAGCUUUCCCCGCAACCCCUCUUCCCCCUCCCUCAAUGCGUGUGCUUGCUUGCCCCUCUGCAGUGAGUGAUUGUGCUCGCUAUUUGCUUUCCCCGCAACCCCCCCGGUGCCUCUUCCUUUGUCGCCAUCUCACGUUGUUCCUGUACCCUCUUCUUCUCUCCCCUCUUCUCCUCCUCUGUACCCUCACGUUGUUCCUGUACUCACCACUCACGUUGUUCCUGUACCCUCUUCUUCUCUCCCCUCUUCUCCUCUUCCCCUCGUCCCCUCCUCCCCUUAGCACACCACUCACCAUCUCAGCUAUCACUGUGCUCAGUGUCCCAAGGUCCUAG